GCUGUUUCUAUUGAAAUAAAAACUGUUCCAAAUUAUGUAAUUUUUUUAUUUAUAAUUUAAAUAUUGUGGUUAGUAGUAAAUAAAAACAAUUAUAAUAUACUAAUUAAACUUAUUCAAAUAUCGGAGUAAUUAUCAUCAGAGACAUGGGCGGACAUGGACAUCAUCAUGGUCCUCCACCAGACCCGUACAGAAUUCCAAAUGCUAGCGAGUAUGACACCAUCUCACAUCCAGAACUGAUUAGAUUUCAGCAGCGUCUAGCUAAACAUGGCCUGAAAGAUCCUUGGAUCCGGAAUUACAACUGGAGGUUCGAUAAAAAAUACGGUACCAAGAUGACUCGAUUGGGAUCGUUGGUGUUUUGUGGAGUUCCAUUAGGAGUUGGUAUGUUCAUCGCCACUCUUGGUAUUGAAAAAGCUUUCGGUAUCGACUGGCACGCACACCAUCAUGCACACGAAGAAGGUCACGGUGAAGCUCACCACUGAGCUGUCAAACGUGUAUAAAGUAAAAUAUUUAAAUAAAAAGUGAUUCAACUGUAUUGUUGAUGGUGGUGUAGUUGAUAGGUAUGUAAAUGUUAAAAUAAAUCGAUAAAUGGUUGUAACAUUUCAA